GUGGCCGGCGGUUUCCCUUCCCCCCCCUCCUUCCCCCGUUUCCGGGACCUCCUGAGUCCACAGGAAAGGAAAUGGAGCGGGAGUGACGCCGCCGCGGGACCUCCCGACCCCUCCCUCCCCCCUUUUCCCCCCCACAGCGGACAAACCACGGCCUUGGGGGAGGCCGGCUCAGCCACGUCGUGAGUGUUUCUUAUCCCGUCUAAGGCUCGCUUAGCAGUUGAUGCAGAAAAUAAAGAGGGCUCGGCUGGAAAACGAAAGCACAGGAAGUUGGAGAAGUUCCUUGACCAGUUCUGGAGGAAGGCUGAAGAUGACCGCGGUGGACGCUCUGUCCGACAGCGCUGAGGCAGUAGAGAUGGAGGAUGCCUCCACGUCCCAGUUCCAGGUGGAGAAACACUCGUGGGAGGGGCUGCGUGACAUCAUUCACGGCAGCCGGAAGUACACAGGAAUGAUCGUGAACAAGGCCCCCCACGACUUCCAAUUCGUCCGUAAAACAGAAGAAUCGAGCCCUCACUCCCAUCGGCUAUAUUACCUGGGAAUGCCGUAUGGAAGCCGGGAAAAUUCUCUCCUAUAUUCGGAGAUUCCCAAAAAGGUACGGAAGGAAGCCCUCCUGCUGUUGUCAUGGAAGCAGAUGCUGGAUCAUUUCCAGGCGACUCCACACCACGGGAUGUACUCCAGGAGGAAGAGCUGCUGAGAACGGAAGCGCCUCGGGGUUUUCGGGAUCACCUCCUACGACUUCCACCGAGAGAGCGGCCUCUUCCUCUUCCAGCCAGCAACCCUCUUCUACUGUCGAGACGGAGGCCAAAAUGGCUUCAUGGUCUCUCCUAUGAAGCCGCUGGAAAUCCAGACGCAAUGCUCGGGACCCAGGAUGGACCCCAAAAUCUGCUCAGCGGACCCUUCCUUCUUCUCGUUCAUCAACAACAACGAUCUGUGGGUGGCGAACAUCGAGACGGGGGAAGAGCGGCGCCUGACUUUCUGCCAGAAAGGUUUAUCCAGUGUGCUAGACGAUCCUAAGUCAGCCGGUGUGGCCACUUUCGUCAUCCAAGAAGAAUUUGAUCGCUUUACAGGUUACUGGUGGUGUCCAACGUCUUGCCAAGAAGGGCCCGAAGGCUGGAAGACAUUGCGAAUUCUGUACGAGGAAGUCGAUGAAUCUGAGGUGGAGGUGAUUCACGUCCCUUCACCGGCCCUGGAAGAAAGGAAAACGGACACAUACCGGUAUCCCAGAACAGGCAGCAAAAAUCCCAAAAUCUCGUUAAAGCUAGCAGAGUUUCAAACCGACAGUCAAGGAAAGAUCGUUCAUGCCAGCGACAUGGAGCUGGUCCACCCCUUUGCUACCAUGUUCCCCAACGUGGAGUAUAUUGCGCGAGCGGGUUGGACCCGAGAUGGCAAAUACGCAUGGGCCAUGUUCCUCGACAGACCUCAGCAGCAGCUCCAGCUAGUCCUCUUCCCUCCCGCCCUCUUCAUCCCGGUACCGGAAAACGAGGAACAGCGCCUGGAAUUUGCCAAAGCCGUGCCCGAGGACACCCAUCCCUUCAUCGUCUACGAAGAAGUCACCAAUGUCUGGAUCAACGUCCAUGACAUCUUCUACCCUUUCGCCCAGUCAGAGGAGAAAGAGGACGAGCUGACUUUUCUCCGGGCGAAUGAAUGCAGGACGGGCUUCUGCCACCUGUACAGAGUCACAGCCAUCCUGCAGCGCAAGAUGUACGACUGGACUCAGCCGUACGUGCCUAGCAAAGGUGACUUCAAAUGCCCUCUGAAGGAAGAAGUGGCCCUCACGAGUGGAGAAUGGGAAGUUCUGGCCCGACAUGGGUACAAGAUUUGGGUCAACGAAGAAACGAAGCUGGUGUAUUUCCAGGGCACGAAGGAUACCCCUUUGGAACAUCACCUCUACGUGGUCAGCUACGAAUCUCCUGGUGAGGUCGUGCGACUCACUACCUUGGGCUUCUCCCAUAGCUGUUCCAUGAGUCAGAACUUCGAUAUGUUCAUCAGUCACUACAGUAGCGUCAGGACCCCUCCCUGUGUGCACGUUUACAAGCUCAGCGGCUCAGACGAAGACCCUCUUCACAAGCAGCCAAAGUUUUGGGCCAGCAUGAUGGAAGCAGCCAGCUGUCCUGCGGAUUACAUCCCCCCUGAAAUCUUUCAUUUCCGCACCCAGUCGGAUGUCGAGCUUUACGGGAUGGUGUACAAGCCACACGACCUCCAACCUGGCAAGAAGCAUCCCACGGUGCUCUUUGUCUACGGGGGGCCUCAGGUCCAACUAGUGAAUAAUUCCUUCAAAGGGAUCAAGUACCUGCGGCUGAACACGCUGGCGUCCCUCGGCUACGCCGUGGUGGUGAUAGACGGGCGAGGCUCAUGCCAGAGAGGCCUUAAGUUCGAGGGAGCUCUUAAGAAUCAGAUGGGCCAGGUGGAGAUCGAGGAUCAGGUGGAAGGUUUACAUUACGUCGCGGAGAAAUACGGGUUCGUCGACCUCAGCCGCGUGGCCAUCCAUGGCUGGUCGUACGGAGGUUUCCUUUCCCUGGUGGGGCUCAUUUACAAGCCCCACGUUUUCAAGGUCGCCAUAGCAGGAGCCCCCGUCACCGUCUGGAUGGCUUACGAUACCGGAUACACGGAGCGGUACAUGGACGUCCCGGAGAACAACCAGCAAGGCUACGAAGCGGGCUCAGUGGCCCUGCAUGUCGAGAAACUCCCUAACGAGCCCAACCGCUUGCUGAUCCUCCACGGGUUUCUGGAUGAAAACGUGCACUUUUUCCACACCAGUUUCUUGAUCUCCCAAUUAAUCCGGGCUGGGAAACCGUAUCAGCUACAGAUCUAUCCAAACGAACGACACAGUAUUCGUUGCCCUGAGUCCGGGGAGCACUACGAAAUCACGCUGCUGCACUUUCUUCAAGAAUACCUCUGAGAGGGCGGACGGGCCCUUCCCCUCCUGCUUCCCCCCCCGCCCCCACACCUCCACCUCCGCCGUGGACGCCAACAUGGUUCCCGCGCUCUGCUCCCGCUGCUUCUUUUCAGCCACGGGGCAGCCUUCGAACGCAGAGCACAAAAACCGCCUCGGGAGGAGGAGGAGGGGGGGAGGCCCAUCUCUCCUCACGCUGGGCCCUAGGGAGGCCCUUCUGCUUUCCAGAUGGCGCAGCUCUAACCUUUGUUUUUUUUCCAGCCUCUCUUAGGGCUUUUUCUUAUUCUGUCCCCCCACCCAGCCACCCACCCACAACCUCCCCCACCCGUGUCCCCCUUCCCCCAAGUAUUUGCUGCUACUUUCUUUGUGCUGGAAAUAAAAGACGGGCAGUUUUUCCCCUCAUCCCACCUCACCCCUUCGGCUGUCUGUCUGUCUGUCUGUCUCUCUACCUGCUAAGAGUUCUGUGUGUGUCUCCCCGUCCGUCCGUCCGUCCCCCGACCUUCCACCUUGUUGCUGGCUUGGCUCUCCCCGCUUCCCCCGCCUCGGAUGCAGGAGGAGACCCUUUUUCUGACUAGGUGGGCUCAACAGGCAAGGGAAAAGGGGAAGGAAGAGGAAAUGGAGAGAGGGAAAGAGAGAGGGAAAUUGACUGGAACAGGAACUCGGGGGGGGGGUGGAUUGUAAGGGGGCUCUAUUUAUAAGCAUGUGGUGCUGCUGUCUUGGAUCUCCCCCCAUCCUGACCCACCCCUUUCUCCCCUCCCCCACGCCCCCAGCAUGUUUGAAAGGUGCGAGCCAUCCUUGUUUACCUAUCUGGAAACCAGGCAUAACGGUGGCCGAGUUUGGUUUGGGAUUUUAUUUUUAUUUUAUUCUUUUUUCUUUUAACAAAAUUAGCUUUUCUUUAGCCUUCGUGAGAUUAUUUAUGGACGUCUUUUUUUCUUUUUUCUUUUUUUCUUCCUCCCCCUCUUUCUGGUUGUGUCCUAAUCUCCCUCCUUGUCCUGUCUCCAUUGAGGGAGGGGCCCCGGUAAGUUAGGCAUGGCUUCAGUUCUCUGCCGGUCAGCGACUGUAAUUUUUUGGUCCCCCCCGCCCCUCCUCCCCCCUCCCCCCCCAGUUCCAACGGAUGUCGCUUGUUUGUUCUCUUUGCGGUAGCACUCUCUCCUCCGUCUCCCCCGUUGCACCCACUCAACAUAAACGGCGAUCCGGGAAGAGAUCUGAAAGGGGGGGGAGGCUUCGUCUCGCGGUCGCCCCUCUGGAGAAACUCUCGGCCGGCUUGCUCUCCUGCCUCCCUUUUCCCACCCACCCGGCCCGACCGUCUGCUCCUGCUUCCCCCUGGGUGGGGUGAAAUGGAAAGCGAGAAGGAAACGUCGACCUGCCCACAACACGAGGGGGGGGGGAAGGAAAAUCUGAACCACACACACACACACAAAAAAAACAAACAAACCCCCAACUCUCCUCCUCCCCAGUAUCUUUAAGUGCGUAUUAUGAAAAGAAAAUAUUUUUAUGGAUUCUUAUUCUUUUAUAAUUAUGAGUGGUAAGAUGUAGUGACUCAUUAAACUAUUGGAACGAGGCA